AUGGAAAAUUGUAUAACCUCGGUACAUUUAACUGUUGGUGGCACUUCUUAUUUCAGACUCCUUGCAAACAGCAAUUUUAUGAAAAUAAGAAAAUAUUUAAAUGAUAAAACUAAUUCCUUAAAAAGAGAGACAGAAAAAAAAACAUUUAGAGAAGGAUGCAAAGUUUUAGCUAAUUAUCUAAUUCAACAUAAGAAUCAACCAUCAUAUGAAGAUAAAAUAAUGUGGGAAAAAAUCUUAUAUAGUUGGGCAAACACUUACUAUUCAAGGCUAGAUAAACAUGGAGGAUGCCCUGUAAUUAUAGAAGAUAAAGAUUUAGCACUUUUAAAUUUAAAAUAUGAAGCUGAAGAUUUCUGCGAAGAAAAAAAAACAAGAACAAAAGCAAUAACUUGCUUUAACAAUGGAGAUAUUGAUGAAGAUAAAUGUGAUGAAGAAUGUGCACAUAAAAUUAAAGAAUAUAAUGCAUGGAUUAAUAGUAGAAAGUUGUAUUUUAAUGAGAAGGAAAAUCUUAUCAUACGAAAUUGCAAAAAUCAACCAUCUCAUUUUCCAACUAGUCAAUGCAACAUACUGGAACCUAAUAUAUAUAAAACAUUUUCUAAAUGCAAAUUUAAUCAUUUAGCCUCAUUGUCACCGUCAUCUAACGAAAAAGAAAAAAUGUUACAAGAAGUUAGUCGAAAAACAGCUUUUAAUUUAUCUAGUAAUAAUGUAACAGAGGAAGAAGAUCCUAAACAUCCACUCCAAGAACUAACUCAAACUGAUCGCAGUACUAAAAUUGAUCAAGUUGUUAAUCAAGCAUCAGAAUCUGUACCUCAAAAUUUUCCGUCAAAGGAAUCUUCACGUACCCAAAGUAACACUAAAGAAAUUCAAAAUAUUCUAACUGAACAAAACGUAUUUUUAGAAACGCCACUGCAAAAUCAAUAUAAGGGUGCAUUGUCACCAGAUCUUAAUACACCACGACAUCCAGAUCCUCAAGGGUUACUAUCACCGCAUUUCUCUGAAUCUCCUCAGUUGUCUCCUGAAGUAUCAGUUUCUACCUCAGGUUUUUCAAAUUAUAAUGAGCCAACUAAAACUCUAUAUUCAGAAGACCACACAAUUAAUUCAUAUAUAUCUCCUAUUCUAAUAAGCUUCCUAUGUGUUAUUGUAUUUUCCCUUUUUACUAAAUACGCUUUAAUAGGAUUGUUCAAAAAAAAAAAUAAAAUAAGAAGACAUGUGAAAUUUCUGAGAUUACUAGUACCUUCAUUUUCUAACAAUAAGAGUAAACAUUUUACAGAUGAUCAUUUAGAAAACCCUAUAUAUGAUGAUGAAGAAAUCAUAAAAAAAAUUAAAAUAAAUGAACUUACAAAAAAUGUAAAUUCAUCAAAGCGACAAAAAGACAGAUCCAAAACCAUAAUAGAAAUACAUAUGGAAGUACUUGAAGAAUGCAGAAAUGAAGAUUGGGAAAGCAGCAAAGAAGCAUUCUUAAAAAUUUGUCUAGAUGAGUUCACAAAAAAGGAUUAUAGAACCUAUCCUAAUUUAACAUAUAAUGAUCUAAUAACAGAAAAUAUUAAAAGUAGCAAUGAUAUUGAAAAACAAAAUAUUCUAUGGAAUAAAUGGGUAGAACGACAUAGAUAUCUUUUUGCAAAAUUGAAAAAAGAAGACUGGUAUAAUAAUUUGAAAAAUGAAUGGAAAAAAAAAAUAGCUUACAUACAAGAAAGAGAUGAAUUAAAAAAGAAAUCAUCUAAUGAAAAUCACAACUUUCCAUUUUUAGAAAUAGAAAAAGAUCUAUGGAAACACUGGAUAUCGAAAAAGGGUAUUAUUAUAGAACAAUAUUUGGAACAGGAAUGGAUUAAGGAAUUGGAUAUGGAUUUAAACAUUAUGUCAGAUGAAUGCGUAAAGGAAGAUACAAAAAAUUAUGUAACACUAAUAAAUAUAGAAGAAUUGCAGCACAAAGAAAAUUAUGAAGAAUUAUGUAAAUAUAUAAAAAAAAAAUUAUUAACAAUGCUCUGUAUUCUAGUACUUAUGUCCAUGUUAGAAGAAUAUAAAAAAGAGGUGAAUUUUGAUAAUAGGGAAUCAUUUUUGGAUAUAUCCAUAAAUGAAUGGAAGACAAAAAAAUAUUCAGGUAACAAACAAGAAAUUACAGAAAAUACAAUUGAAUAUAUCAACAGUGAUAUAGAAAAUAGAAGAAAUAACGAAUUCCAUACUCAUAUAGGGAAGGACAGUUUCAGAAAUGAGAUAGAAGGCUGUAUAGGAGAAGAUGACUUAUAUGCAAGUUCUAUAGUUAAUAAUGGGACAGUCGAAAAAUCCAUUGAUAUAGCAGAAAAACACAUUUCAUAA